GUCGUCCCGUGCUCAAACUACGCGUUCGACACGCAUUCCUGAGAGGCCUCGCCGGCUAUGGACCCACUGUGCGUGUUCUCCUUUCGCUAUAGAUCGGUGUCAGCCUGCGCGAGGCAGCCAUCACUGAAUGCCGUGCCUGCAAUCAGAUGCUAUACACCUUGGUGGAACGAAGACGGCGAACGACCGGUAGCAGCGAUCUGCGCACUUCCGCAGCCGAAAUCGGCAUGAUCGAUGCUGAAUACAAUGGGGCCAACCAUAUGCUUCCCACGGUCGCUGCGUCCUUGAGUGCACGCAACCUGCUCAACUUUCGGAGACGACGACCCUUAUCGCGGGUGGUCUUGACAGCUGUUCUGUGUGGAAUCACCUCCCGGUAUUGAACCAACGCUCAUUCUUUAUUUUAUUUUCAUAUCACUGCUUAUAAAUCACGUCAAAAAGCAAAAAGCACGUCAACGAUAAUCUAAGUGCACUCGAUGACUACCCACGCAAAACUUUUCCUGCGCGAGGCCUUACUCUGCAGAAAAAAACGACCAACAAUAGGAGCACAGGCUUUUCCUUAGAAACGUGCUCGAGUCCAUCCAAAGUUUUCUUGCAUGGCACCAGCACAGUGUUUAUCACGCGUUGUGACACCAGCAGGACUUAUUCGAAAGGAAUGCAUCAAAAGAAAUUAGCUUAACGGCGUUAGGCAAGAAUACGUACCAAUGGCACUACUGAGAUGCAAAAGAGCGCAGAGUUAGGCUACAGAUUGCGGGCUGUGCGGUAAAAAAAUGGAAGGGACAUCUCGAUUUCCUGGUGCUUAUGGGCUCUUCGUGAACCUGACGUGAAGUUGGGGCUGCCGUAGCUCUGGCAACUCUGAAGACGGAGAGAAAAGAGCUCGACGAAAUGGCAUCGGAGCUCCUGUACGCUAGCAACACUGGUGCUUAGUGGGGAAGCCUGCAUCGUGAGCAACUCUGCGAGCGACCGCAGGACGAUAGCAGCCGCUUCGCCGUAGACUGCGGAUCCUUCAUUUGAACCUGUGUUCCGUGCAGCGCUGUUUGCUAUAUGCAAACGUAAAGAUCGCGCCACUCAGCUGUUGUCGGAGGUUUUCUUGUCUAGAGCGAAAACAUUGGCUCGAUCCUCCACAGUAGUGCUGCAGAAAAAAAAAAAAAAACUAUCGUGUUACGUGGGCACGUGUUAUCAAAGCUGUAUACGUGUUUAUAGCGCAGAGUCAGCGAAGCAUCUACAAGGCAUAGGCUCGACUCAUCGACUGUAACGUAUUCGUUGACGCCCCCUCGAGCAACCGAAACGACUCGAAUAGCGCAGAUAUAGGGCCGCGUGCUCCAGCUGACUCAUGAGAACCUGUGAAGCCGCUGCCCUUUAGCGCACAGAUAUUUCGACUGUUUACUUUGUCCACGUUUACACAUAUCGAUAGUAGAUUCCGCGUUUCCCGGCCGCUACCGCGUUGUACGCACCCCUUUUUAGUCGCUUGAAGCGCUGUAGGAGGGGCAGAGUCUUGACUCCGACGGUAAUGUUUCGGUGCCAGCUCCUUGCGCGCACGUUUAACUAGCAAGGAGGAGAGGGAAUCAAGAAAGCAGCCAGUCCGGUCGUGCAAAGAUGGCGGUGUACCUGGACUGCCGUCUGGAAGACGCGGCUCUGUCGUCGGCGGCGAAGACGCGACUGUCUUGCUACCGCGGAGCGGCCCUGUUCGCGCUGGCCUUCCGCGACAGGGACACCGGAGGCGUGCGCCUGCUCGCCGAAGAUGGCGCGCCGCUGCCCAGCGAGCUGCCUCGCAAGCAGGGAGCACAGGUCAGCGCCCUGUCGUGGCACCCUUGGGCGCCGCUGCUGGCGCUGGGAUGGGACAGCGGCGAGGUGUGCGUGUGGGACGAGCGGCGGGCAGCGCUGCACGAGCCCCAGACGCAGCACAAGCGCGCCGUGGCCCGGCUGCUGUGGAACGGCGCCGGCACGCGGCUAGUGUCCAUCGACGCCGUCGGCACCUGCAUCGGCUGGAAAGCGGCCAGGGUGGGCAGCGGCGUCACCUUCGCCACAGCCUUCUACCACGAGCUCAGGGACUCGCUCGUCGAUCUGGCCUUCAGGGACCACCGGAGAAUCAGACGCGCAAGCACGCCGAACCGCGCCCCGGCACACGAUGGCGGCGAGGAGGAAGUGUCCCUGCCGCCUGACUGGAACGAGCUGUCCUCUGGGCUGACGGACAACGAGGCAGCUUCCAAUGACUUUUACGUGGGCUCAACGACGGGAGUCAUCUACUUCGUCAGCGAGAACGGGAGCUGCGGCGACGUCUACCAGAUGGACGCAGGCGUCGCACGCCUUCUGCACGACGUUUCCAGAGACGCGCUCGUAGUCGUCACUGACACGUUGACCCUUGCCCAGUUUGCCAUCGCAGACGACGGGUCGCUGUCAGAGCAGAGCCGUUUCAAGGUUAGCGGCCAUGGUACAGACAUGGCGGUCACGUGGGUAGCAGUUCAAGACGGAGUCAUUGGCAUAGCAGCCGGUGAAGCCAGUGUUCGCUUGCUGAACCUUGAGACCGGGGAGACCACGGUGCUCUCGCUUCCAGACGCGGACUACGGCGAAGCUGUGUCGUGCAUAGCCGCCGAUGCUUCCGGAAGGACCCUGAUCGUCGGCACGAAUCGCGGCCGAGUCGUCGUGUGGACGCUUACAGAAAGUGCCGUGGGCACGACACAUUGGCGCUCGCAAUUGGCCGCCAGUUUACGUAGUACUGUGCGAGAACUGGCCUGGUGCGAGACUCACCGAAUUACCGGCACCCUAACGAGUGAGGAUAUGUUUCUUCUGAUCGAGCAAGAAGCUUGCUUCAAUUUUCGGGAAGGUUGCCUUGCUCUUCAAACUGCCGCCAAACAAGUAUUUGUAGACGGUGUCUCCAACAAUAGUCAGAUAAUGCUGCAAACUGAGAUACCUGUAAAGUCCCUGUUCGUCAGUCGGCACCACAUCGCUGUGUCGAACGGAAAGCGGCUGUUCUUCUAUGAGACGUUGCCAAGUAGCAAGUCAGCCAAGUUCUUAGGGGCCAUGAACACAGCGUCUUCGCUUAUCGGACUGCACGAAGCGAGCGUCUACCUCGUAGAAAACGGCAAGCUCAACGCCAAGACCUUUCAGGGCAUCCUUAAGCAAGCAAUCCCUGUCUCGGACGACGACGUGAGUGCAGUUUGCCUCGACAUAUCUGGAAUCUUUCUCGCACUUGGCUUAUCAAACGGCCGCGUUCGUGUCUGGGACUUGAGCAGGCGAGAGGCUAAACUUCACGCAGAGCUCAAGACAGCGCUUGUUGCCAAGAGGAAUGAUGUGCCGCACAGAAUUUCUAGCAUUAAGUGCAACUGCACCGGAAAUAAAGUGAGCAUUCUCGUUAUAGAGGACAGCGCGCAACAUCGAAGCACACGACGCGAAGGCUGCACUCUGUACGUGUGGAGCAUAGAAGACGACUCAUUGUUCGAAUUCAAUUUCGCGACCGGCGAAAGCACGAAAGGAAAAGCUGACAGCGAAUCGCCAUCCAGUGGCACGGUACGAGACCGAGCUCCGAUUUCGCAUUACUGGGACGAAACUGACCCCAGACUGCUCGUUUGCGAAGCUCGGAGUACGCCAAGCGGACGCGUCAAAAAUGAUGCGCCGGGAAAUCAACAACCACACGUCGUGGUGGUAUCCCUAUUUGUAACCACAGAGCACGGCAUUUUGGAGCAAGAUGUCUUCCCGCUUGACGACAAAUUCAGACUGAUGGGCGUGCAGGUGCCUUUCUUUUACCUUUUGGCCAAGCAUUCUGGGGACGUCAGCGAGCCAGGCGCAGCUGAGAGAGUUCCUGGUUCAAAGCAUGUCUUCCGGCUUCCGAUGCGAGAUUUUGUCGGUUUUCAAGACUGCGACGACACCGUGCGCGACGCUAUCAUGACUUUUAGCUUCUUCAUGACGCUUCGGGACAUGGACGAGGCUUUCAAGGCCAUAAAGGCCAUCAAAAAUGAAGCAGUGUGGGAGAACAUGGCGAGGAUGUGCGUGAGAACCAAGCGGCUCGAUGUGGCCAAGAUAUGCCUCGGCAAAAUGGCUCACGCGCGUGGGGCUUGGUCCCUGAGACGAGCCAUGGAGACUGAGCCCGAGCUGGAGGCGCAAACGGCCAUCUUGGCACUCCAGCUGGGCAUGGUCCAGGAGGCGGAGGAAUUGCUCGACAGCUGCGGUCGCUACGACCUGCUGGUCAGGGUUCUAGAAGAUUCGGGUCAGUGGGAGCGAGCCGUAGACGUCGCUCGACAGCACGACAGAAUUCGGCUCCGGGCCACGUACCACAACUACGCGAAACACCUCGAGGCGUCUGGCGAUGUCGAGAAAGCGGUAGCAGCGUACGAGAAAGCCGACACGCACCUGUUCGACGUGCCUCGCAUGCUGUUCGACGACCCGCAGGCGCUAGAGCAAUACGUUCGCGCUAGCGGAAGCCACGACAUGAUGAAAUGGUGGGCGCAGUACAUGGAGAGCAUCGGCGAGAUGGAGGCGGCGCUGCAGUUUUACGAAGCCGCGCGGGACUACCUGUCGCUUCUCCGUGUGCACUGCUACUUCGGCAACGUGGACAAGGCGUGCGAUAUCGCCAACGAGACGGAAGACCGGGCGGCGUGCUUUCACCUGGCGAGGUACCUGGAGAACCAGGACAACGUGCUGCAGGCGGUUCACUUCUUCGCGAGGGCGCGCGCGUUCGGCAACGCGAUUAGGGUCUGCAAGGAGAACGAGAUGGACGACCAGCUGUACACCCUCGCUUUGCAAGCAGCGCCCAAAGAAGCGCUCGAGGCGGCCCGCUACUUCGAGCAGCGCCAAGAUGGUCUCGAGAAAGCGGUCACCCUCUACCAGCACGGAGGAUGGGCUUCCAAAGCGGCUGAACUGGCUCUCCAGGCCGGGGACCUGGGCGCGCUGCAGCAGGCCGCCCAGGAGCUGGGCCCCAACGCCGACCCGGUCCUUGUGCGCACCACGGCCGACCGACUGGCGGCCACCGGAAAGCAUGACCAGGCCGUGCUGCUUCUCGCCGCCAGCGGGCAGAGCGAGGCCGCGCUCCAGCUGUGCGUCCAGUCGAACGUGCUCAUCACCGAGGAGCUCGCCGACAGGCUUACCGAGGGAAUUGCCACCGACGACAAGGCUAAGCUCCGCGGAGUCCUCGAGAAAAUCGCCGAGUGUUGCCUUAAGCAGGACAACUACCACCUGGCAGCCAAGAAGUUCACCCAGGCUGGCGACAAAGUCCAGGCCAUGAGGGCGCUCCUCAAGUCCGGCGACACGCGUAAAAUAGUGUUCUUCGCAAACGUGUCGAGGCAGCGAGAAAUCUACAUCCUGGCCGCCAACUACCUUCAGACCGUCGACUGGCAACGAGACACCGACGCAGCCAAGCACAUAGUCUCCUUUUACACCAAGGCCAGGGCGUUCGACCUGCUGGCCGGCUUCUACGAGUCCUGCGCGCGAGCCGAGAUCGAAGAUCGUCGAGACUACGAGAAGGCCCUAGCGGCCUUGAACGAAGCUCACGAGUGUCUCCAGCUGUGCGGCGACGCGAAAGACGCAUCCAAGGUGGCGGCCAGGGUCCAUGACCACAUGGAGGCCGUUCGAAAGUUCCUCGCCAUCCAGGAACUGUACGCGGACAGUCCGCUCGAAGCGGCAGCUCAGUGCGAAGCAAUGACCAAGCUGAAUUUGGAACCGGCCGUGCGGAAGGGAGACCUGUUUGCGUUUCUUGUUCAGCACUACGUGAGCGAAAAGGACUAUGCCGCGGCGAGGCGUUGUCUGCAGGAGCUGCAGGCGGCCGUGCCUGGAGUCUCGGUGUCCGACUACGUGGACGCUGAAGUUUUGAGGCUCGUCGGUUGGAGCUCAGAUGACCGCCGCAGUCUCCAGCAGGUGUCGCUGCUCGCGAGGCACGCCGCUGCCAGCAAUGGCGCCACCACCGAGGGAGACGAAGAGCGCUACAGCUCGGACGGAGAGGUGCAGGAGGAACUCUUCGACGCGCCUUAAUUAAACAUGGUGGUAGGCAGUGUCGACUAAUCGCACUUCGGUCAAGUUUUACGCCCAUUCGACGCGCAGCGUUUUUUUUUUUUUUUUGUUUCUUUAUUUUUUGUGUGAGACCGUAUGCACUACAAUGAUUUGCUGGUCUUUCUCCGACUCCCGCAUUGAGCAAGAGUGACGCCAGGAAGUUUGUGUUGACAGGCGUUGUGCAAGUUGAACGCUGUGGUAUCGUCAUUUCCGUCCGAGUUCCUCUACGAGUUCACGAAAAAGCUGAAAAAUAUGACAAAUAAAUCCGACUUAACUGCUGUACUAGCCGAGUCAUUCUGGCUAUCUUUUAUCUAUUUUCACAUAUAGCUUUA